UUCACGCUAUGAUUUAAUAAAACACACUGCGCUUUGCACCUGAUAACUGAAGCUGGGGAAACCGUCACUGUUAAAGAGGACGAUGUCUUGCCCAUGAACCCCCCCAAGUACGAUAAGAUUGAGGACAUGGCCAUGAUGACCCACCUCAAUGAAGCCACUGUGCUGUAUAACCUCAAAGAGCGUUUUGCAGCAUGGAUGAUCUACACUUACUCCGGGCUGUUUUGUGCUACUGUGAAUCCAUACAAGUGGCUUCCAGUGUACGACCAGUCUUGUGUUGAUGCAUACAGAGGCAAGAAGCGUAUGGAGGCUCCCCCACACAUCUUCUCUGUCUCUGACAAUGCCUAUCAGUUCAUGCUUACUGGUAGAACCUCUCCAGAAAUCUUUUCUCUUUUACUCAGUGGAGAAUCUGGUGCAGGAAAGACUGUGAACACCAACGUGACAUGAUUUCAUUUUAUUUUCAUUCAGGGUAAAUUUAUCAGAAUUCACUUCGGAGCCACAGGAAAACUGGCCUCCGCUGACAUUGAGACCUACUUGCUGGAAAAAUCAGUCACGUUUCAGCUGAAAGAAGAAAGGAGCUACCAUAUCUUCUAUCAGAUCAUAUUAGCUUCCUUUAAUGAUUUUGUUACCCUUUUUGGUGUUGAUGCGCCUCAUGUUGUUUUUGCUAUCCAGUCUGCCAUUGACAUUCUUGGGUUCAACAAUGAAGAGAAAUUGGGCAUCUACAAAAUCACUGGUGCGGUGAUGCACUACGGUAACAUGAAGUUCAAGCAGAAGCAGCGUGAGGAGCAGGCUGAACCAGACGGCACUGAAGGUCGAAUAAAGUCCCCUGGGUCGAGAUUGUCAAUGGAAAUUGCUUGAUAUUGUUGUCAAAAG